AUGGAUUCAUCGGUAGGCUCUCGGCGGGGGGCAGUACCUACUUCGCUUCGCACGGAAACCCAUAGGCGAUUCUAUCCCUCGAAGACAAUUGCCAAACGGCGUCCUAUGUCAGAAGCAACCCGAUUUGAUGAUACAGAUUUUGAGGAAAAUGAUUCGGACAAUGAAUCUCUCGAGCGGAGUAUGCAAUCGCUCGGUUAUGACACCAGUACCACUCUCUCAAGCCCGGAAAUAGCGAGCCCGAAAUCAAGAACCCCAGAGGCCGCCCAAACGAGCUUGCCCAAUAUUCAGUUUGAAAACGGCCUGGUCGAAGGCCCUUCGGGUCCUCAUCUGUUCCAGAGCUCUGGGGGCUCCAGGGCCUCUUCAUUGUACGAGCCAUCCACCGCAGAAAUUGAUAUUCUUUUUCAGCGGUCACCCCUGCAGUCUGAAUUCGCCAAGUCCUUGAAUACUCCCAAUCAGUUUCCAUACUCUCCAAACACACCAAAGCAGUUCCAAUACUCUCCAAACACACCAAAUCAGUUCUCAUACACUCCAAACACACUCAAUCACUUUCCAUACUCUCCAAACACAUUCAAUGAGUUCUCAUUCUCUCCGAACACACUCAAUCACUUCCCAUACUCUCCAAACACGUCAAAUCAGCUCUCAUACUCUCCAAACAUUUCCAAUCAGUUUCCUGCACGUCAUCCAUCUCCUAAUACACCGAGGUCUCAGACGGUGCAUCCUGAUGUGUCGCGGGUAACCGAAGAAGAGAUCCUAAGCUGGGAUCCUUCCCAAGUUACUGUAUGGCUACGCAAUGCUACUUACGACGAAGCUGUCAUUGAGAAUUUCCUCAUCAAUGAUAUCACCGGUAUAGUCUUGCUGGACUUGAAGUUUGAGGAUCUCAAAGAACUCAACAUCCACUCUUUUGGGAUGCGUCGUCGGCUCAUGCGUUCAAUCGACCACCUCAAGGCCACCAUGCAGACGCAACCGGAGACAGCGCUGGAAGCAUUGCCUCGAGUUUCUUCUGAAUCGAGUUCUUCUCAUGGACGGUCUUCUCCCGAGAAAUUAACUCACGAGCAGCUCGCUACUGAGCAUUACCUUCAGUCUCAGAUACGAGUGAUUCCUGGACGAACCUCUCCUGAAAGGCGGGAUUAUGCAAUGUCCGUGUCUCCCACUGGCCAGAUUCUCUCUUCCCGUGUCCACGGACUAAAAGGAAAUCAGAUCACACCAGAGGAGUCUGUCUCAAUUGUUGGGAUUGAGCAGGUUAUCCCAAAGCCCCAUAAAUGUUCCAAGGGAGAGAACUGUUCCAAAUUCAGGAAGCGUCAGAAGUACCUGGAACAGCUGGCUGUCGAGAGCCCAGGAGCAGUUUUUCAGGAACGUGACGGGGUUAUUGUUAUGGGCAGUCCAGGAAACCCUGAUACCGCAAGAAAUCUUCUCCUACCAAACUCUGCGGCGCCUGAGCCAUCAGUGGUUGCCUCUUCGGAUAUUCUUGGUCCUCAUUUAGGUUUAGGAUCCGGGCUUUUGAGGUCAGAAGUGGAAAAGUUGCCAAAAUUGCCCAAGUUCGACAACGUGCAAAGAUUCCUCGACUAUCAGCAUGUGGACAACAUGACUACCAAUCUUCGCACUCUUCCCAAAAUUACUAUUCCGACAAGCCCAGCCACGGAAGAAAUGACAACUGCUGUCACCUCCAUUAGGUCACCCUUGUCCCUUACCCAGGAGGGUUCUCCCACUGCUAUCCAAGGGCGUGGUCCGUUCAGCCAUACUCAAAACACGCAGUCACUUGAGACUGGCCGCCAAGGCACACCAUCCUUGGAGAAAGCAGACCCAAUUACUGGAGUUCCUAAGGACCCCGUUCCCCGUUUUGUCUCUCAGUCUGUACCCCCAAGCAUGCAAUACCAGCAUGGGGCCACAACCACCCCAAACACGCAAACCGGUACCUUGUUCCCGCCCUACCAGCCUGACACCACCCUCAGUCCCCUUAUUCGGAGCACCUCCUACCGCUCCCAUAGUAUCCAGCAUCUCCGUCCGGUGAACGAGAACAAGCCCUUGACUCCAAUCGAGUGGCCUGCGGACCUGGUUCGAAGUCCUCCCAUUAAUCAACAUAGCCAUGGCGACUCGCAGUCGUCUCUACCUUCUGUCCCAGACAUCACGCAAGUACGAUAUAUGAAGAAACGCAAGACAGCCCGUUUACUACGGGCUAUUAAACAGUUUGUCAAUAGGGAAGAUCGCACCUUGAAUUUCUAG